AUAUGAAGACAAGCAUUUUGAUUUUGAUUUUAGUCUCUUGCACAUUAGCAAAAUAAUUAUACGAUGUAAAAAAAUCAUAUGUAACACCUGUGAAUGAAAUAAAUUUUGAAAAAUAAAUUAACAAGAUAAGACAAACAACAAAAUAUGUUACAAUAGUUCAUUUCUAUAAAUAUUCAGGUAGUAUUAUGAUUUUGAUUGGUAGAUGGUGAGAGUAGAUCAUUUGCACCAAAAUAUGAUGAAUUUACAAAUGAAUAUAAGGGAAUUUUCAGAAUAGCUUCAUGUGAUUGUGAGGAAGCAGAGAAGAUUUGUUAAAAAGAGAAUGUGUCUAAAUUUCCUACAUUUAGAGUAUAUCCACCAUACCCUGUUCCUGCAAUAGAUUAUGAAGGUCCUCUUGAAAUAGAUGGAAUUCUUAAAUUGGCAACAAAAUACGUCCAUAAUAAUGUUAUAGAGAUUACUGAAGGGAAUAUCAAUACAUUUAUAAAUGAAAAUCCAACAGUCCCAAAAGUUCUAUUGUUUAGUGAAAAGAAAGGAUAUCCACUUGUUUAUAAGGGAUUAAGUGUAGAAUUUGAAGUAUAAGAUAAAAUAUAUAUAAUUAGAAAAAAUUAUCAUUUGGUUUAGUAAGAUCAAGUGAAAAAGCUUUAAUAGAUAGAUACAGUAUUAAAGGUUUUCCAAAAUUAUUGCUUAUAAAAACAAAUGAAAAAAAACCAUAUCCUUUUACAGGUGAAUAUAAAUUUAAAGCAAUGUUUGAUUUUUUGAAUGUUCACAGUGAAGUAUUUGUUCCAGGAGGUGGAUCAUCUGCUGAUAGUGCUGCCACUAAAGAAUGGAUGAUGCAAGUAGUUCCAUAAUUACAUUAAAGAUCUGCAAAUGAUAUAUGUUUAAAAGUAGAAGGUGUUAUUUGUGUUAUUUUAAUGAACAAUGGAGAUAAACCGUAAUUUUAUUUAUGUUAAUUUAUUUUAGAGAUAAUGGAUUAGUUGAUGAAUUGAAAAAAUUAAAUUAAUAAUAUGAGAGACAUAUUAAUAGAGGAACUGUUUUCAAAUUUAUGUGGUUAGAUGUAAAGACAGAAUCAAAAGUAUGUCUUUGUGGCAAUAAUUAUUUUAGUGGGGUCAAGCUUUAGAUUUUUAGGGAGAACCAAAAAUUGUUUUAUUGAAUCCAAGCAAAAGAAAAAGAUUUGCUGUUCAUGAAGGAGAAAUGACAUUUUAAGCUAUCUGUAACCUUUUUAUAUAAUUAUAUUCUAGAAAAAACCUUAGAAAAGUUGAUUAGUGGAGAUCUUAAAUUCAAAAACUUAGGAGAAUCUUUGCCUGAUUUUGUGAAAAUUGAUUUGUGAAUAUUGUUAAUUAGCUC